CCUGUAAAGAGCACCUGCUGCUUGUGGACUUGGUAGGUCAACCAGGGAAGGAUCCAUGAAAUUACAUAAACUAUUCUCGUCCACUCUUUAAAGUCGUUGGAGUCAAUUGGUCAUCCAUAAGUUUAUCAGUUACAGGUUUCAGGCGGAGCUGAACUGAAGGAAUUUUUUAGAUCUACUAAAGAAUAAUAAAUCUCUCUUUUCGUCCACUUGGCCUUUCUUGAUUCUAGAUUGUGUUUUACAGACAAUGGGUAUAAGCAGCUGGGCCUCCUGUGCUGUUCUUCUUUACCUUGUUCUUUUUCUAACACCUUCUUGUCCAAUCCUAUUCCUAGUCACAGCACUGCCUGGCAACUAUCUUGCUGCAGACGCUUCUACUUCAUUGACCAACAGUCUUUCCGCUCCUGAUUCUGUGAAGUUCGAUGAUGGAUCAUUUGCGAGAAUCAUACUUUUAAGUAAUUUCUCCAAUGGUUUUUUCCCUGGUUUUGCUUGUGGUUGUGGCUUCAUCUGUAAUCAAACGUGCAACAGUCAUCUCUUUGCCAUUUUCACUCUUUCUUACGACUACACCGUUGCCAAUAUUUCAAAAUCUAAAGGUCCAAAAGUAGUAUGGUCUGCUAACCCAGAGAAUCCUGUUAGCAUUAAUGCGACUUUGCAGCUUACUUCAGAAAAAGGUUUGGUGUUAAAAGAUGCUAAUGGAACUACAGUGUGGUCCACAAACAUCUUCAGCAAAUCUGUGGCUGCCCUAAACUUCACCGACAUGUGCAACCUCCAGCUCUUGGAUGACAAGAAUGCAACAGUUUGGCAAUCUUUUGAUCACCCAACCGACACACUGGUUGUUGGGCAAAAAUUGGUGGCGGGGCAGCAACUCACUAGUCAAGGAGGAUUGUUUUCGUUCUGUGUCUCCAGGCAAGGGUUAUUUGCUUAUAUCAAUUCUAAUCCUCCCCAACGCUAUUUUACUUCUACUAGUGAGAAUACCAGUAAUAUUCAAUUUUUGGAGGACAAUUUAACUGUCUCCAGCUAUGGAGAAAUGAGCGGUUUUAGUUGGCUUAUUCCUUCAACAAAAUUCGUCUCAAAUCGUUAUAUGAGAUUAGGGGCUGACAAUGGACACUUGAAAGUGUAUGAUUUGUUUUGGAGAGAAGUACAAGAUUUUUCCUCUACAUUUACUGAUUACUGUGCUUUCCCUACAGUUUGCGGAAAUUAUAGUAUUUGUAGAAACGGCCAGUGUGGUUGUCCUAGACCUAUAAAUGCAACAAGCUAUUUUCAGCCCAUCGAAGAAAUGCAACCUGACCAUGGCUGCUCCCUGAUUACUCCCUUGUCUUGUGCAGCUUCCAAAACUCACAUUCUUUUAGAGCUCCAUAACAUCACAUACUUUCUCUUUACUCAAGACCCCCCAACUAUAGAUCCAGAUUACAAACAUAUAAGUUUAGAUAGCUGUAAACAGGCUUGCUUAAAAAAUUGUUCGUGCAAAGCUGCUUUUUAUAAUUCGAGCAAACGUGUAGGGAAUUGCUAUUUAAUACCCCAAAUUUUUUCAUUAAUGGCCAUUGAUCAAGAUAAUACUGACCUUAAAGUUUACAUUAAGGUCCAAAAUGUCUCAAGUUCAGAACCUCCUCGACAACAAACAAACCAUAGAAAGAAGAAAAAAGUAAUAAUGGGAUCUAGCCUCGGAUCUUUGCUUGUUAUUUUUCUUUUAAUUGGAAUCUUGGCUUUACUAUUUUGGAAGAAGGAAAAUGCAGAUGAAGCAGAGGAGUAUUAUUUGGAUCAUGUACCAGGAAUGCCCACAAGGUAUUCUUAUGAUGAUUUGCAAGCGAUAACAGAAAAUUUCAAUAAGGAACUCGGUAGGGGAGGAUUUGGCACAGUUUUUGAAGGGACUCUACCUGAUGGCACAAAAGUUGCAGUGAAGCAUCUUGAUGGUUUUAGUCAAAUCAAGAAAUCGUUUUUGGCAGAAGUUGAAACAAUUGGCAGCAUCCAUCAUAUUAAUUUGGUAAGACUAAAUGGAUUUUGUGCUGAAAAAUAUCAUAGGCUUCUUGUUUAUGAGUACAUGUCUAAUGGGUCUUUAGAUAGAUGGAUAUUUCACAAAAAUCCUGAAAUUUUGCUUGAUUGGAAACUUAGAAAGAAGAUCAUCAUUGAAAUUGCAAGGGGACUAUCUUAUUUGCAUGAAGAAUGCAGGCAAAAGAUAGUUCACUUGGAUAUAAAACCACAUAACAUCCUCUUAGAUGAGAAUUUUAAUGCAAAAGUCUCUGAUUUUGGGUUAUCUAAACUAGUUGACCAUGACCAAAGCCAAGUUGUGACAAACAUGAGAGGGACUCCUGGUUAUAUGGCUCCAGAAUGGUUGAGUUCAAUGAUUACAGAAAAGGUAGAUGUCUAUAGCUUUGGAGUAGUACUCUUGGAGAUUUUGUGUGGAAGGAGAAAUUUGGAUCGCUCUCAGCCAGAGGAAGAAAUGCAUCUACUUGAUCUUUUCAAGAAAAAUAUUGUGGAGGAUCGGUUGCUGGAUUUGGUUGAUAAGUACAGUGAAGAUAUGCAAUUACAUGGAGGUGAAGUUGUGAAUACGAUGAGAGUUGCAGCAUGGUGUUUGCAAAACGAUUUCACAAGGAGGCCUUCCAUGUCUAUGGUGGUUAAGGUCUUAGAGGGUGCUGUAAAUGUUGAAUCUGACCUAGAUUAUUUCUUCUCCAAUCAAUCUUUACCAAACAUGAGAGCUGGAGUUGAAAACCAGGAAGUGCACAUUGUUGCUGCUUCUUCAUUAUUUCCUUCAAUUCUAUCAGGACCUCGAUAACUUUUCACUGUACCAUAAUGAGGCAGCUGGCAGCAACAUUUCAGCAAAUCCAGUUUAAGCACUGCUACUGGCAAGCUAACAGGUGUGCUGAUAUGCUUGCUAGAAUGGGUGCCGAACAGGAGUAACAUUUUCUUAUGUUUAAUAGUCCGCCUGUGGAGGUUCUUUCUGCUUUUGAGGAUGACUGUACUGGAGUGUAUUUUAACAGGCUGUGUCCUGAACUUGAUGUAGUGUUUUAGUUUUUUGAUGCAUCUUUUUUUA